AUCGACAAAUUAAUUUGCGUCCUACGGCUGGCCAUGAUAAAUACUCAGAAAAAUAUAAGGGAAUUUCGAUCUGCUUUAGCAUCUUGACAAAAUCAUUUUCCGGUCGUUACGUUAAUUUUGGUGUCUUUGAAUUGUAUGGUGAUAAAGCUCUUGAGGUGGCCUUAAACGCAUCAUUCGAGAUGAUGCUUAAUGUAGAAUUGGAGGAUAUUUUAGUACGUUGGAUUAGGUUAAUUUUUCGACGUUCUCCACAAAGCACAUUUG